AUGAGUCGCAAUUUGUCAAACUGUUUGCGGACGCCCAAUUCUACACAUGUACGGAGUCCACUGCUACGUCCUCAAGAACAAGGACUGAUCCUCGCAGUACCCCGAUUGAUGUCCCAGCUAUUCGAAUCCCAAAUCUUCAUCCAAAUCGGCGAACGCCAUUUCCAAAUCUCGCGCGACAUCUUCUCCGGACCCGGCGACUCUCCCAAUUUCUUCUCCCUCGGGUUCGCCAUCUUCUUCGCCAACCCACGCGAGCUCUUCCCCGGCCUCGACCGUCGCAAUCUGCUGCGCCCACCCGCGAUCGUUCCCCCACGCGUUACCCACCGCUCCGGCGACGUCUUCGCAGAGCUCCUCCACCUCCUUCGCGGAUACCCUCUCCAGAUCAGGAAUGAGGAGCAUCGCGCCGAACUCCUUCGCGACUGCCGCUACUUUCACCUUCGCGGCCUAGAACAGAAACUCAUCCCUCAUCACAUCAGCUUCAAUCCCAUUCGACAACAAUCAGAGAUCCUCAUCCGCUUAGACGAUGUACGCCCGUCAGGAAUCGGCCAUGCACGCGACGACAGCUCCAAGUACCCCAGCUCCACAACUCGCGACCGGGUGACUUAUGCGCGGCCUUUCGUAGACGAGACGCCUCACGACCUGAUCCUGGAAACCGGUGACGAAAGCACAGUUCUCGAUGCACGCGCCAUGCGAGCGGGGUUCCUGAAUCUGGCGAAAGCCCGCAUGUCGAGCUUGGCUCAGGUAGUUGCCAAAAGCGUCGGCCUUGAGGGGCCGCUAUACAGGACUGGGGAAUCCGCAAAUUUCUCUCCAGGCGGAGACAGCUUCUCGAUCAGGUUCGAGCGGGAGACGGCGCUGGUCCUGAAUGGGCAGUCUGUCGAUUACCUGGAUCUUCCUGGCGGGACAGCAGAAUCUUCUGAUCGGCCACCUGCGAAACGCAAGCGAGCGGAGGACGACCCAGAGUCUGGGAGUAUGGUAGUAAAGAAGGGACAGUGGCGACUAGUGGUUGAGUCCGGUCCCGCCGCGAGCGCAGAGUUGGUUUUGAUAGCAGUCAAGCUCGAUAUUUACACUGAGGAGAGGGCGAGGAAUCGCUCUAGGGGGUUCUUAGGUUCUUGA